AUGACGGAAUCAUCAACAGCAUGUGAGCAGCUACGAUUAGACAAUAGUAGAAAAAUAAAAUCUAUCUAUCCUAAUGACCAGAAAUCAUCUCUGAAACGUCUAAAAUCGCAGAAAAACAAUCGUUUAACGCAAUUAUUCUUUCCUACGCGUUCACGUGUUAAACUUCAUCAAUCACAAUCAUCUACAAGUAAACAAACGAGCUUACCAUUAACUGAACAAGUCGCGAGACUAAAUCAACGAGCUGUUGAUGUGCAAACUGGUCUUCAACGGAAUAUUUCCUCAUUACAAACUCAACGAUUACCACAUCUAACUACAUUAAACCAGAAAACACGAGAUCUGGAAACGACAUCUGCUGAAUUUGAACACUCAUCAUCAAAACGUCUCAAACAAGAGCAAAGCAGAAGAAGAAAACUCUCGUAUAUGUUCAAAAUCGCUCUUCUUAUUUGUCUUACUGCGUUCUCCUUCGUAGUUGGUUAUAUGAUUGUACAGUUAAUGCGUGAUAGAGGAUUAGUAUAA